AUGCUUUCAGCUAGUGGACGGAAGUUUCUACGUGGUCCACGUGGUACUGGAUUUUUGUUCAUGAGCGAGAAGAUGCUGAACUUCUUGGAACCAUUUUGUCUCGAUUUACAUUCGGCGCAAUGGAAAAGUCAAAAUGAAUAUGAGUUCCGAAAAGAUGCACGAAUGUUUGAAAUCUCCGAAUGUAACAUUGCUGCAAAAUUAGGUUUAACUUAUGCUGUUCAGAAUGCAUUAGAUCUUGGCAUAGAACAUAUCUGGCAACGAAUUCAACAGCUAGGAGAACUAUUUCGCAAGAAACUGUCGAUGAUCGAUCGUGUUCAAGUACAAGAUCUGGGACAGAUCAAGUGUGGAAUCGUUACCUUUACUGUCGAGAUUGAUGGAAUGGAUAUGGUGAAACUGUGCAAACAACUUCGUGAAAGAAAGAUCAAUACUUCGGUAGCAGUGCGUCAUCAUACCUUGAUCGACAUGACUGCAAGAAAUCUAAAUCAUAUGAUUCGAGCCUCGAUCCAUUAUUUCAAUACCAAAGAAGAAGUUGACACUUUUUGUCGGAUAUUACAGGACUUGAUUCUCACAUCUGUUUUCAUGUAA